AUGGAGAACUCAACGCAAGUCAAGUUAUUUUACCUAUUUGGCUUACAAGAGACAUUUAACAACAAAUCAUUAUAUUUUAUCUUGUCUCUUAUCACAUACCUUCUCAUCAUCACUGUGAAUCUGACUCUGAUCAUAACAAUCAUUCAGGAGAAAGGCCUCCAUGAGCCCAUGUAUAUCUUUCUGUGUAGUCUAUGUGUUAAUGGGUUGUACGGAACCACUGGUUUCUACCCCAAGUUCUUACUGGACCUUCAGUCAGAUGUUCAGGUGAUAUCUUAUGGUGGAUGUUUGAUUCAAGCCUAUGUAAUAUACACAUCUGUCAUGUGUGAAAUUUCUAUUCUUACAGUGAUGUCUUAUGACAGGUACGUGGCAAUAUGCAGACCAUUACUAUAUCAUACCAUUGUGACAUCUUUAACUGUUAGAAAGUUACUCUUAUUUUCUUGGUGUGAUCCUUUGUUUAUAGCACUCAUAACACUUCGUUUAACAGUCAGAAUUCCUUUGUGUGGAUCUCGCAUUGAUAAAAUCUUCUGUGACAAUCCUUCUAUACUGAAGCAUUCAUGUUUACCCAUUACCAUCAAUCGGAUUUGGAGCCUUUUUACAAUAGUGGUUCAAGUUUUACAGAGUGAGAAUAGCACAGAGCUGUUUGAGACCCUGGGUCUGGAAUGGGAGAUCGACGUGGGUGCGGAGAGGUGGCAGAGUGGUUUGCCCCCAGGCCCGUAG